AUGAUAUUUUGACAGGACAACCACUUUUUGGUGACGUAAUUUGUGUUAUUCCAUAACAAUUCCAUAGUUUAUAUUUCAUAUAUUUUCCAUAAAGAAAAUUAUAUUAUAGAAAAUAAAGAAAUAGAAUUAAUCGAAAAAAAUGUCGAACACUAAGCAAAAUUCAAAGAAAUUAAAAUGGGCCCUCGAUUUUGGAAGCAAAAGUAAACAAUAUAAUGAAUUGGCAUCGCCACCGGGUUUAAUUCCCGGAUAUGCAUUAACGUCAGAAAAUAUGAGUACGUCAGAGGAGAAUGACUCGAAUCAUUUAAUAAUUAAAAAAUCCUGGGAUCUUGCCCUGGGUCCUUUAAAACAAGUUCCAAUGAAUUUAUUCAUUAUGUACAUGGCCGGAAAUUCAAUUUCAAUUUUCCCAAUUAUGAUGGUUGGAAUGUUAAUUAUCCGACCUGUUAAGGCGCUUUUCUCCUUACAACAAACUUUCAAAGUGAUAGAAGGAACGCAUGCCUUUGGACAGAAAUUUGUUUUCUUUUUAGGGCAAAUUGUUAAUAUUGCAUUAGCUUUAUAUAAAUGUCAGUCGAUGGGUUUAUUACCAACACACGCGUCCGACUGGUUGGCAUUUGUUGAACCGCAAGCACGAAUUGAAUAUUCAGGGGGAGGUCUUAUUUAUGUAUAAUCUUAAUUCUAUAAAUGUAUAAGGAAUUUUGAUUUUUUGAUUACCAAAAAGAAAAAAUAAAUUAUUGAUAAGGCGAUAAAAAAA